AUGAAUAAAAGUAGUCAUUUAUUAACAUCUAUACCAACCAAUAUAAUCACUGAAGAUUCACCCUCCAUAUUAUUACAUAGAUUACACACUAAUGAGCGACAAUUACGUACUUUGGCCGUCGUGCUGAGUUUAGCAGGAGGUCUAGCACUAUCCUUUGCAUUAGGAGUAGGCAUCAUGAUUUAUUGGUAUCUUCACAAGUGCAAGCAAAAGAGACGACUGGGCGAUAGAAACACAGACAAUCAUGAGCAAGAUGAAGAAGAUACGGACGAUGAAAAAUCACUCUACUCUGUCUGCAAUUAUAGGAAUUGCGAUUUCUACAACAGAGAUAAUCCUAAUCAUCCUACCGCCGCAGAGGAACAGGUGCAAGAAGAAAUCAUCCUACUAGACAAUCUCACUACUUUGCCGCUACCUCCCAUAUCGCUUGUAUCAACACCAGAACCAUCCGCCCCUUCAGCAAAAGAAUUACAUAUUCAUACACAUACCAAUGCAACCUCCUCCUCUUCCGCGCAUGAAGAUCUGUGCCAUGAUUGUUUACUGCCUCCACCUGCCUACACCAAAAACUAG